AUGGCGGCGUGCGUGUGGUUCUUGUUGGCUCUGAGCUGCGGGCCGCUGUCGGUGCGUGCGGACUGCUGGCUCAUCGAGGGGGAUAAAGGAUACGUGUGGUUGGCCAUCUGCAGCCAGAACCAGCCUCCGUUUGAGACCAUCCCUCCUCACAUCAACAGCACGGUUCACGAUCUGCGUUUGAACGACAACAAGCUGAAGGCCGUGCUCUUCUCCUCGAUGUACCGCUUCACAAACCUCACAGACCUGAACCUGACCAAGAACGACAUCAGCUACAUCGAGGACGGCGCCUUCGCCAGCCAGGCCAACCUGCAGAUCCUCCAGUUGGGCUACAACAAGCUGACCAACCUGACCGAGGGGAUGCUGAGGGGCCUGGGGCGUCUCCAGUGUCUCUACCUCCAACACAACCUCCUGGAAGUCAUCGCCUCCAACGCCUUCUGGGAGUGUCCGAGCCUCAGCAGCCUGGACCUCUCCUCCAACAAGUUCGCCCGCCUGGACCCCACCACCUUCGCCGUCCUCAACCGCCUGACCGUCUGCGAACUGGCCGCCAACCCGUUCCACUGCGGCUGCGACCUCUUCAGCUUCCUCACGUGGCUGGAAGCUUUCAACAACGUGACGCACACCUACGACCGACUGCAGUGCGAAACCCCCCGGGACAUGUUCGGGUACCCGCUCCUGAGUCCGGUACCGGGACACGGACGCAACGCGAGGACCAUCCUGUCCACGAGAUGCAGGGACGGCGUGAUCAUACCGGGAAUGCCGUCGCAGCUGCCCGAUUUGGACGGAUCGGGAUUGGGGUUGGACAAUACCGACCAGGGAUUUUACCACCAGCCGAACACUUCCUCCACGUCUGACGCGUUGAGCAAAAAUCAGAUCACGAUAAUGACGCAGGCCGUUUCGCCGUACUCCGCGUCUUUACGAGUGCAGAUCCCGGAACCGUAUAAUAAAAUGUACGUUCUGUCUCAGUACAAUCACACGCUCAUCGUCGAUCGGCCCCUCAGGAAGAAAACCGAAGUGAUCAUGUUGGAUAAGCUCAAACCGCAUUCGAAUUACACUUACUGCGUGGCGUCGGUCAGCAAGACUCAGCACUACAACCACACGUGCAUGUCGUUCACCACGCGCGCCGCCGGACCAGAGGACCACCGGACCAGUCCCUCCUCCACCACGCACUACAUCAUGACCAUCCUGGGCUGCCUGUUCGGGAUGCUGCUGGUGCUCGGGUUCGUGUACUACUGCCUCCGCCGCAGGAGGGCGCAAGAGGAGAAGGAGAAGGCCAUCAGCGUGAAGAAGACCAUUCUGGAGAUGAGGUACGGUCCAGAGGCGGCAGCAGCAGUGUCCAAUGAUCCAGCCGCGAUGCAACGCCUCCAGGACCAGGCCUCCCACCAGCACCACGCCGCCGGGGGAGGGAAGCUGCCCCAGUCCGCCUCCCCGGGCCCCGGCAUGCUCCAGGGACCCCCCGCCACCGGCACCAACCGCCUCUCCGCUCUGCCCCAGGGCGAGAAGAUGGCCAGCGCCUUCACCGACUCUCCAGCAGGGGGCGUCGCGGCGGGGAAGGGCAACUACAUGGACGUGAGGACUGCCGGACUAGUGGGGGAGCCCAGGGAGACGGCAGGGGGCGCUAGCGCGGGGGAGACGGUGGUGGACAUGCGGAACGCGGAGGAGAACGAGGCCGACAACGAUCUGGACGAAGACGCGAACGGUUCCAAUUCCGAAAUCUCCACGAUCGCGAAAGAAGUGGACAAAGUGAACCAGAUCAUCAACAACUGCAUCGACGCUUUGAAACUCGACGUCUCCGCCAGCGCUCCGCCCGCGUCCGAGAACAUUCCGAUCCCGCAGCCGCCGAGCUACGCCGCGUCUCAAGCGCGAAACCUGCUCCCGAUGUCGCCCGCCAACCAAAACGAGCAAAUUAUCAAAGCCCCUUCUCCGAAAGUUCACCCGAAAAUGCACCCGCCGAGCUCGCAGCUGCAAACGCACUUACCCGCGCACCCUCACCCGUCCAUGGCGCCCGUCCCGCUCGUCAUGCCGUUGUCGGAGCGCCCGGGGAUCAGCGGCGGCGGGUUCCUCACUCCCCCGUACCGCGAUCCGCCGCCAGCCAACGCGGUCCGUCCGCUGCAGAGGCAGUUAAGCGCCGACGCGAAAAACAGGCUCGGUAAUCCCGCGAAUAAAAACCCGAGAGGCUACAGCAUGGAGGUCCCGGAUCAACGCGGCGACCCGCCCAAGUACCAGGAGAAGCCGAGCCCGUUGGCGUGUAAGAAGGGCGAGCGCGGUUGCAGCGGGAGCGCCGUCAACGGGGGCGGGGUGAGCGUGAACGGAGCGAACAUGGCGUGCACUAACGGUAAAAGCAGCGGUUGCGGCGGUCCCAAAGUCGCUCAGAGCACCGCGCAGCACUUAGAAGUACAGCCCGACUACCACAGCUCGGAGCACCGGCAUUCCUUCCCGGCGCUGUACUACGAAAACGCCGACGACUCGCCAGAUUCCGCGCAGAAGGCGAAUUUCCUGAAGCCGAUCGGGCGCGCCAAACGGGAGGCGACCAUGGCGUACUCGCAGCUCUCGCCGUCCCGACACCACAACUACAACUCCGGUUACUCCUCCAGUCCGGAAUAUUCCUCGGAGAGCACACUUCGGAUUUGGGAGCGGUUUAAGCCUUACCGGAAGAGCCCGAGGGAGGAGGCGGCCGCGUACAUCGCCGCCGGUCACGCGCUGAGGAAAAAAGUCCAGUUCGCGAAAGAUGAGGACCUCCACGAUAUUUUGGACUACUGGAAAGGAGUGUCGGCGCAACAAAAGCUGUGAGCAGGAGCUCCAAAGAGGAAGCAGGACUUAAGCUGAAGCUGAGACGACGGUGGAAACGUGACUGGGUUUUUCACAGACCUGAUGGUGGUGGUU